GCAAUCUUCAUCUCCCUCCCCAAGUGGAACAACAGGAACUCCCCCAGUUGAGUUGCUGACUUGCAGCUACAGUUUUCUGUUAACGGUUACUAACUCAGAAUCUUACAAAAAUCUAUGAGUCAAUCUAAACGUUACAUGUAAUAAAUUCCUUUGGCAUUAAAUAUUUCACGCCAUUCCAUCAAAAUCUGAUCUUAUCCAUCUCUGACCAUAUUCCACCAGAAAAAAGGUCAAAAGCACUGAUAUGCAAGCACCCCUCUUCAAUUGUUUUGAUUUCCUCACGGAGGAGAUCAUAUUUAUAAUCCUUGACCAUCUUAACAACGACCCAUUUGCCCAAAAAUCUUUCUCUUUAACCUGUAAGGCUUUCUACUCCAUCGAAUCUCGCCACCGCAGAACACUUAAGCCACUUCGAGCCGAGCUCUUGCCGAGAAUUCUUCAUCGCUUCCCCUGUAUUGACCGUCUCGAUCUGUACCAUUGUCCUUCCAUUGAGGAUAGUACGUUGAACGUGAUUUCACAGGCAUGUAAAGCUACUUUGCUUUCUAUAAACCUGUCAAAAUCGAGGUCUUUCUCAAAUGUUGGGUUAUCAAGCUUGGUUUUGAGCUGUUCCAAUUUGGUUGAGAUUGACUUGUCUAAUGGAGUAAAGUUGAAUGACUUGGCUGCAGCCGCAAUUGCGGAGGCUAAGAAUUUGGAGAAGUUGUGGUUGGCGAGGUGUAAGUUGAUCACAGAUAUGGGAAUUGGGUGUAUUGCAGUUGGGUGUAGAAAGUUGAGAUUGAUUUGCUUGAAGUGGUGUCUAAAGAUUGGUGAUCUUGGAGUGGAGUUAAUUGCUUUGAAAUGCAAGGAGAUUAGGAAUUUGGAUCUCUCGUACCUACCGAUCACAGAGAAAUGUCUUUCAUCUAUCAUGCAACUAGAUCAUCUUGAAGAUUUGGUUCUUGAGGGAUGCCUUGGUAUUGAUGAUGAUGGUCUUUCAACACUCCAACAGACUUUCAAGUCACUCAAGACACUUAAUAUGUCAAACUGUCAGAACGUUACUCAUGUGGGUUUUUUGUCUUUGACAAAUGGUGCAAAAAACCUCCAAGAACUUUCUUUAGCUUUUGGCUUUGCUGUUACCAGAGAUCUGGCAAAAUGCCUGCAUACAUUUUCAGGGUUGCAAUCAAUAAAAUUAGAUGGCUGUUUGGUUACUUGUUCUGGCCUUGAAGCCAUUGGAAAUUGUCAUCACUCGUUCAAGGAGCUGAGCUUGAGUAAGUGCUCGGGAGUGACCGAUGAGAGUCUGUCCUUUCUCGUGAAAUCUCACAAGGAUUUGAGAAAGCUGGACAUUACAUGCUGUCGCAAGAUAACAUAUGAUUCUAUAAACAACAUAACUAGUUCAUGCACUUCCCUAACUUCACUCAGAAUGGAGUCUUGUAGCCUGGUUUCACGCAAAGCAUUUGUCUUGUUUGGACAACGGUGCCAACUUUUGGAGGAAUUAGAUGUAACAGAUAAUGAAAUCGAUGAUGAAGGUCUAGAAUCGAUAUCAAGAUGUACUAAACUUUUCAGUUUAAAGCUGGGGAUUUGCUUGAACAUAACUGAUGACGGACUUAGAUAUAUUGGAAGCAGUUGCUCAAAGCUUAAAGAUCUCGAUUUGUAUAGGUCUACAGGGAUAACUGAUGUGGGAAUCACAGCAGUUGCUGUUGGUUGUCCUGCACUGGAGAUAAUUAACUUGGCUUAUAAUGAUAAAGCUACAGAUGCUUCAUUGAGAUCUUUGUCUACAUGUUUGAAUUUAAGAGCACUUGAGAUCCGAGGAUGUCGUCGUGUAUCAUCAGAAGGUCUGUCUGCCAUUGCCACUGGCUGUAGGAAGCUUAUGGUGCUUGACUUAAAGAAGUGCUUCAACAUCAAUGAUAAUGCAAUGCUUCCCCUUGCUCAAUUCUCCAAGAACCUGAAACAGAUAAACUUAUCAUAUUGUUCUGUUACCGAUGUUGGGCUUUUGGCACUCACCGGCUUCAACUGCCUACAGAACAUGACUAUCUUACACUUGAGAGGUUUAACUCCAAAUGGCCUAGCAGCUGCUCUAUUGGCCUGUGGAGGGCUGACUAAGGUGAAGCUUCAGGCUUCCUUUAAGCCAUUACUUCCUAAACACCUUCUUAAUUUCAUGGAAGCUCGCGGAUGUUUGUUUCAAUGGAGAGAUAAGGCAUUCCAGGUGGAAAUGGAUCCUAAGGGAUGGUAGCUGCAGCUUAGGAGUCCUGAAACUUUGUAAUUAGGGGAGAGGAUCGGAGAAUGUGCUUUUCUUUUUCAGUGAAUGGAUGUUGACAUGUAUUGAAUCUGUUUUCGCGUGACAAUUUUGGAAGAGGAAUUGAUGUUCAAGGAGACAGGUGGAUUUAACUCAAAUAUAUUUUGAUUUUUACUUUAAAAUAAUAAAAUUUGAAAGCCUUUAAAUUUAUUGGAAUUCAAA